GUCGGUUAGAGUGAGCAGUCACAAAUCAAAAGAUGACAGAAGAUACGUAUGUGAUGCUUGUGGUCGAUCUUAUAAGAACAAGAGAUCUUUAACAUCCCAUGAAAAGAUUGAAUGUGGCAAGAACCGAAGAUAUAAGAAGAUUUCUGUGUAACACAUGUGGUCGGUCGUAUAAGAACAAGAGAUCCUUAUCUUCACAUAAGAAAAUAGAAUGUGGUGACCUUUCAAAAUAUCCUUGUAUUAGUUGUGGACGCUCAUACAGACAUAAAAGUACAUUGAUGACCCAUGUUCGUGAAGAAUGUGGAAAGGAACCUACUCUACACUGCCACUUAUGCACUAAAUCAUUUAAUCGCAAGUCAAGCUAUAAACGACAUAUGAUUAUGAUUCAUCAUAAUUGAGUGUUCUUUGUUUAUUUUUAUUCUUAGUUUAUUAAAUUUUGUUCCUACAAAACUUUUCUGAUUAUUUACUUUACAUGAUUAAAAUAAUAGUGAUUAAUUUUAUAUUUUAAUGUAAAAAAUUUCUUUAGAUUACUGUUUUAUUUGCUGUGUGGAAAAACAUUAUUAUUAACAAACGCUUAUAAAAUAAAUAGUGUCUUAAUUUAAUGAAAUCAAGAAAUUAGUGUAAAAAAAAUAUUUUUUAUGACUUGGCAGAUAAAAUCUAAAGAUAAAAAUAUUUGAUUUGUUGUGAUUACUUUGAAUUGCAAACAGACCAGUUUCAUAUUGUCCAGUCAUCAAUGACAAAUAAGGUCUUCUUAAUUUUUAACUUUAACUUACAUAAAGACGUCAAAAAAUGUUGCCUCAUGUAAUCUGAUCUUAAGCAUAUUUCAUAUUCAUAUAAUAGCUGUUAAUCAUUUAAUUUUGUAAUUUGGGAGAAUACUGGCACAUCUAAAAAAUUAAUGAUUUUCCAAUUCAGUAUAAUAUCGUCAAACAAGAUGAUAAUAAUUCACAUAAGUUGGGAAAAUUUUAAUUUUUGAGAUGUGUCGGUCUUCAUGCAAACUAGAGAUAUGAUCUAUUAUUUAUUGAAAAAAAAAAAAAAAACUGUUGAAAUAUGAACCAGUAAGUUGGUUAAAAAAUAAAUAAAAAUUGGUAAUAUCCUCUUUAUUUUAAAUUUUGCAGUUUAUCCAAAGACUGUGAUACAUUUUUUUCAUUUAUUAAUUUUAUGAUAUUUUAUUAAAAUUAUUUUUAUUUUUCAUUUAUUCAUGAUAUUUACAACUGUAUUAAAAAAUUAAAUACAUUAAGUAAAUUUGAUAACAGAAAAUAAUAACAUGAAAUGACUUGUUGAAAAACUACCCACUGGUAGCUCUAAUAUUAAAAAAAAAAAAAAAUUAAUUUGAUAUCUCAUUUCAUCAUACCAAAAUGUUUUGUCAUUCUGUAAGUAAUUAUUUUUAACAAAUAAUUGCAACUAUAUUCCUUACCCUUAAUUUUUGUAAUAUUGAAUUCCUAAAUACUGCAGUUUUUUCAUUAUUACACCACUGUUGUCUAAGAUAUUAUUUUUUACUUAUAAAUCCUGUCUAUUUGCCUAUUAUCUUAAAACUGUUGAUAAAAUGUAGCAUAUUACUAGUUCAUUUUAUUUAAAAAGUAAAAUUAUAACUUUUUGGCAAUUUCUAAUUUGUUAUUUAAAUUUCCUGUUUUAUAAAUUAAAAAAAAAAAAUCAAAUUUUUGGCUUUUUUAUUUAGUUUUAUUCCUAUAAAAUUAAUAAAUAAAUAACGUGCUUCUCAGCUCUAUGCGUUUUGAUAUUUAUAGCUUAUAACAUAUAUGAACUUGGCGAGUCCUAUAAACUUAUUUACACUGUGGUCUCAUGAAAAAACGUGUUAAAUUUGAAUUAUAAUGAUAAGAUAACUUAUAACAUUGUAGAUUUUUAAUUAAUCAUCGAUUUAAAAUUUAUGUGAGACUUUCAAUGUUACAUUUUUAUUCAGGGAGUUAAGAAAUGAUCUGUUGAUUACAAAUAAUAAUAAAAUAAAAUUUCUGUAUUAGUUUUUUCUUAUAGGUUGUUGUUAAUUGUUUCAGGUUCCCAAGUUGAAAGAUAUUGGUGUUAUACUUGUCAUAGGUCAUAUAAAAACAAGUGUCAUCUUUCCAGACAUAAAAAAGUUGAAUGUGGAAAAUUGCCUUCUUUUCACUGCCAAUAUUGCCAUAAGCGAUUUUUUUAUAAGCAACACAUGGAUCGCCAUGUUCUCUUCAGAAGAACGCUACUUGUGCAGUGAUUGUGGAAGGUCUUAUAAGAGAAAACAAGGCCUUAAUCAGCAUAAAAAAUAUGAAUGCGGAAAGAAGCCAACUUUUGAAUAAGAACGCUUCUUGUGCGGUAAUUGUGGAAGAUCCUAUAAGAGAAAACGAGGGCUUAAUCAGCAUAAAAAAUAUGAAUGUGGAAAGGAGCCCACUUUUGAAUGUGUGAUUUGCGGAAAACGUUUUCAUCACAAAUCUACUCUUAACUCUCAUCGUGUUACUCAUUUAUCAUUAAAGAUAUAGUAAUUUUUAUAAACUGUAUAUUUUUUGUUGUUAAUCUUUAUUAUGCAUUAAGAAAAGGCAAAUGAAUAAUUUAUUUUCAUGUAACUUUGUACAAUUAUUAUCUUUCAAUUCAACAAUUACUAUGUAUAAAAUUGUAUGUUGAUGUUCUAUUUAUCAUAUCAGUAUUAACUGUUACACUAAAUAAAAUUAAUAUAAUUUUUUUUUACAAAUGGUAGGUACUUCUAUUCAUUCAAAUGUUUAAGAUAAUACAAUUUUUCACAUGAAAAUCAAGCUGCAGGAUAUUGGGAAGGUUGUAAAACACAUGGUUUUCUGAAAAAUUAAUUAUUUUGAUUUAUCAAUGUUUUCAUGAACACCUCUGAUAGGAUUUUGUAUAUCCAUAUUAUUGAAAUAGAUGGUGCUUUGAUAGAAUUCUAUUCAGUAUAUGACUAAAUGUUACUUGAAAAUAACGAUUCUUCAUAAGAGAAUGGGAUAAAAAUUCAUACAUGAUGUAAAAAAAUUGUAUUUAUUAUAGAACUUUUAAUUGUUUUCAUU